CCGAGGACGGAAGCUCGGUUGGUGUUCUCCAGAAGUUUCCCCCCCUCCCCCCUCCGGGCGGCGGCGGUGGAGCAGGUUACCGCGGUAGAAACCGCUCGGGUAGAAGCCCGUGACCCUUUGGGAUGGCGGCGGCUGCAGCAGGACCUGCAACGACCCAGCGGUUUUUCCAGAGCUUCUCGGAUGCUCUAAUCGACGAGGACCCCCAGGCAGCGUUAGAGGAGCUGACCAAGGCUUUGGAACAGAAUCCAGAUGAGUCACAGUAUUACUGUCAAAGAGCUUAUUGUCACAUUCUUCUUGGGAAAUACUGUGAUGCUAUUGCCGAUAUAAAGAAAUCUCUUGAACUCAACCCAAAUAAUUCUACUGCUAUACUGAGAAAAGGGAUAUGUGAAUACCAUGGCAAAAACUAUGCUACUGCUCUCGAAACUUUUGUAGGAGGACAAAAAUUAGAUAGUGCAGAUGUAAAUUUUACUACCUGGAUUAAAAGGUGUCAAGAUACUCAGAAUGGAUUAGAAUCUGAGGGGUCUGCAUCUCAGAAGACUCAGUCAAAAAUCAAGUAUGACUGGUAUCAAACAGAAUCUCAAGUAAUCAUUACACUUAUGAUCAAGAAUGUUCAGAAGAAUGAUGUAAAUGUGGAAUUUUCAGAAAAAGAGUUGUCUGCUUUGGUGAAACUUCCUUCUGGAGACGAUUACAAUUUGAAACUGAGAUUGCUUCAUCCUAUAAUACCAGAACAGAGCACAUUUAAAGUACUUUCAACAAAGAUUGAGAUUAAAAUGAAAAAGCCAGAGGCUGUGAGAUGGGAAAAGCUAGAGGGGCAAGGAGAUGUACCCACACCAAAACAGUUCAUAGCAGAUGUAAAGAACCUAUAUCCAUCAUCAUCUCAUUAUACAAGAAAUUGGGAUAAAUUGGUUGGUGAGAUCAAAGAAGAAGAAAAGAAUGAGAAGCUGGAGGGUGACGCAGCUUUAAACAAAUUAUUUCAGCAGAUCUAUUCAGAUGGUUCUGAUGAAGUAAAACGUGCCAUGAACAAAUCAUUUAUGGAGUCUGGUGGUACAGUUUUGAGUACCAACUGGUCUGAUGUAGGUAAAAGGAAAGUUGAAAUCAAUCCUCCUGAUGAUAUGGAAUGGAAAAAGUACUAAAUAAAUUUGCUAUCACUGUAUUGCAUAUGUUCACUAAUGCCCAUCGUGUAUUGUAUCACAUUCUUGAAUUUUGAACACUGAAUACCUUUUUGAAAGAUUAUACCUCUUUACCUCUUUGUGCUUUAGAAAUUAUUUUCCUGCAAGUAUUUUAGAGUCUAAGGAGAAUGACGAUCACAUCUUUAUCACUUCUGUCCUUAAGGACUUCACAUGUACUAAAAGUGAAUGAAGUAUCUAUCAUUUGCUACUAGACAGAUUAGUUCUGUCUAGUGAUGGGAGUGGAGAAAUUUUUAAUGGCCUGUAUCUUGGGUUAUUGCCUUAUUUUUGAUGCAGUAUUCUGUUAAUUUAUUCAACUUGGCAACUCUUGUUGAGCAUAAAAUCUUCAACCUCAUUAUUGUGUUUGCUUUUAAAGCUGCUUUUGAAUGAAAGUUGUAAAUACAGUUUUUCUAUAAAGUUUGGUUUACCCUUUUCUUAAGUUUUUAAUGAAAACAUUGGGAAGUUAUCACAGAGAAUUCUCCCAUUUAGUUUUUUAUGAGAUGUAUUUGUAAUUACACUGAAAUUUUGGACCUACCUUCCAAAUUCCUGAAUAAAACAUAGGUUCUUGAGUUUAACAGGUUCUUGAGUUUAACAGAAUGCAAGUUUGACUUUGCUAAAGAGAUGCUGUGAAGUUGAGACAAAGAACGAUCUAGGAAAGCACACGUCCACUUAGGUGUUCACCAGGCCAGGAUUCCCGGUCACAGCACUGGAGAGUUUGUUGUUUUAAUAAGGGAAACCUCUGUUCAUGAAUCAUCAUGAUUAGCUUGGUUUUAGUGGUACAUAUCACUUAUGUUGAGAAUGAAUUAAUGUGUUUAUUUAAUGUUUUGUACCUAAAAUCUGUAGAUACUUUGGGGAUAGCAGAAAUGAAAAGAUCAUUAAUUUCAGAGUUUAUAAUGUAGCAGAGAAGGCCUACAUUUAGGAAAAAUGGAAUGGUCAGAUGAUGAACUCAGUGUAAAUACAGUUUUGAAACUGAAAAACAAAUUCCAAGAAUAGAAUUCUUAAAGUCUGUUAUGAUGUAUAUGCCACGAGUGACUUGUAGAUCUGGCAUCAUUUUCUGACUGUAGUUUUCUGAACCUUUAAUGGCCUAGUGGCUGGUCUGUAUUCUGUUAGAUGGCACUGACAUUUUUGUUGCAAGGCACUCCCCCUUAUCUCCAGAGUUGAUGGAAGUAAAUGAGAGGCUGACGGUCACUCCAGCUGUGGAAGAACUAGGAAUCCAGCUCCUUCCUUUUAGUCCUUUGGUAUGAAAUGAAGGAGUGAGUGGCAGUGGGUUGGUUCCAGAUCUUUUGUUAACAGCUUGUGGAAGCUUGCUGGAGGGAUUUUUGGGGGGUUGGGGGUGGUGGUAGGUUUCAGACAGUCUCAUGUAGCCAAGUCUGGCCUUGAGCUUCUUAUGACUUGAUGUUGCAUACUGCAGUUUUCUCUUGUCUUUUUGUCUGUAUAGAACAACAAGCUACUGUCCUUGUUAUUGAACACUAAAGGGAAAGGCAAAUUAA